AUGGGAAUGUCAUUCGAUCAGCAGGGCGAUCAGAGUCAGCAACUUGAUGAGGGAGCGACUGCCAUCAUGUUGAGGCGGUUACCAUCCAAGUUGACGAUCGAGAGCUUGCUGGACAUCUUAAGCCAGUUCUGGCCAAGCCGCUACAACUUCGUCUACGUCCCCCAUGACAAGUCACGGGCGCGGAAUGUGGCCUUGGCCUUCAUCAAUUUCACGGACAGCGAAACGGCGAGGAUGGCAUACGACUACUUUCAGGGGCGUAGCAAUCCGAUGGACGUCCGGCUUGGGAGUCACAUUCGUGUUUCCCAGGCAGAUGUUCAGGGUCUCAGUCUCAAUCUGGCGUACUUCGUCGCCAGGAGUGGGUUUGCCGACAUGGAUAAUCCCCAUGCUCCUCGAGUCUUCGAGAAUGGUUGGCGGGUCAAUCUGUCAGAGACUGUGCAGAAGCACGUGACAAUGGAACUGAUGGCACAGGCAAGUCAACACAUGAAAGCAGUCGAAGAUGCCAGAGCAGCCAGAGCGAGAAGAGACCCUCCCAAGCAUGACUCGAACCAGCAUGACACGAGGAGGAGAGGCGAUGUUCCACCACAUGUCAAUGUGCGAGAGGUUCCGGGCAUGCCUUGCUGGCAUACAGCCGGAAGGGAUGACAGCAGAUCACUGGGGCUACUAGGAGCUUGCGAAGGCGGUGGGGCAGAUCCCGGCGCCAGCAGCUCUUCGAGCUUUUCGACAUCCGGGCAGCGUCAAUGUGGGGAAGGGCUUGAUGAGCUCUUUCAUGCGGGCUUAGCAGAGCAGCAACCAGACGGGUCCGUCUACUUUUUUUUGUAG